AAGCCCAUGCUAAAAUACAGCAACAACUCCAUCAAGCCCGUCCAGCUGUUCAACCAUGCUGACCUAGUUUCCGUGCGAAGCAAUGCUGAGGCCGCCCGCAACGCCUACAGCAGUCUGAGCAAUGCCUCAGCCAACAGCACCAUGCCAACGCCGUUCCGUUCUACCAUGAAACCGCCCCCUAGUCCCCAGCAACUUCUCAAAGCAGCCACUGGUACUAACAUUUCGUCCACCUCAAGUGGAAAUGCUGCCCCAAAAUCUGCCACAACGAAGGGUCACAGCAACCCAUACGCCCGCCCGCUGAGUGCCAAAGACAUUGCGAGUGACCUUCAAUCACAGCAGCAGAAGAUCAAGAAGACCAACAGUGUAUCUCAGAUGCAAUCGGGUCCCAAUGCCAUGUUUAAUAUCGGACCAGACGGAACGCCAGUAUUUGGUUAUCCAAUGAACGCGUUCAUGCGUCCCCAGAGUGCCUUGCGAAAGGAGACUCCUGCACAGACCUCCGUAGCGAAAUCUACAACAACGAAAAAAACUAGCGAGGAAACGACAGCAUCGAAAACUGGAGCGACGAAAUCUACCGCCACCGCGAGUCCUAGAAAAGAAAUUCCGCCGACAAAGCUAGAACGGGAAACUGACCUUAGUCUGAAUGGUCAGUCAAAUAAUAAAGAAAAUAGUGGACUGAAGAUUCAGUUCGGACCGGCGUCAAAAGUAAUACCUGCUUCGAGUAGUUCACAGUUGUUAAAUCAGAGUGUUAAUAGCCCCUCUUCUAGUCCUGUAAAGGUGUCUGCAGCCUCACAGACUCAAAAUAGCACCCUUGCAAAGAAUGUGGACUCAAGCUUGAGCUCCAUUCCCUUUACUCAAGAAGUGGGCUCGGAAAAUAGUUCAAAGGCUGUUGCGUACGCUAAACCAGUCUCUUCGCUGCCGCGUCCGGGUUCUGCCGUGAAAUCUGUUACGCCAGAUUCGCAGAUGCCAGUUCGGAACCUGAAUUACACUCCCACUAAACCGUACCACGAAGUGGCGAAUCCAAAACCUGUAAUUUCAGCCACAACCAAAACUCAACAGACUAGCGAGACUAUAAUAACCGUGAAAGCAGAGCCGCCGAAAGGCGUAACUUAUAUGGCUCCCUCUGUAAUAAAUAAGCCAAAUAAGGCAAACAAGGCUGCCUUAAGCCAGAGCAGCGGCUCAAAUAGUUCCAAACUCUCCAGUGACAGUUCUUCAUCGGGAACAAUGUACUAUAGCAAGAAGUCGAAAGCGGAUAUUAUGAUUCACGAACAACGCCCACCAGCCAUUGGUGCGCCUUCCAAACCCCUUCGAGGAGCUGAAAAGGGGUCAGCCACAAAUUUUACGUCUGGGUCAGAAUUAGAUGAAGCAGCAGAUGAUGAGUCCGAAAUUCCAUCAGGGGAGAGGAUGCCAGGUGAUGGGGAGGCCAGCCUACUUGGGGAUGAAAAUGAGGACGAGGACUUCCCAGAAGAUUGUGAAGAUGACAUCGUGGACAAUCUAGAUGAUGACUUCGUUGGAGGAUCCGACGGCGAGUCCGAUGGGUAUUCCUUCACUAGCAGUAGCAUGUCACGCCCCUCAACCUCAACACAACGCCUAAAGUCACGACCCGUGAGCGCUGUAGAAAGUGAGGUCAUCAGCGUCAGUCGAUCUCAGACCGCCUCGCCCGAUAGGAGCAUCAAGCCUCCACUGACCAAGAGUUUGUUUCCAAACAUUCCGCCAGUCGUGACUUUCGUUGCUGAGGGCGACAAAGUUGAGCAACUACCAUGGGAAGUGAGAAAAUACCUUAAAUGGCGUAUAACCUCCAUAACUCCGAAUGUUGUGAAACACUGCCUUGCGCGAUCAGGAUUUCGGAUCACGAAACGCAACCAUGACUGGCUGGGCUGCUGGGGAAAGCACAUGAAAUCUCUGGGAUUCAAGGCUUUAAGAGAGUAUCAGAAGCUGAACCAUUACCCAGGGUCAUUCCAAAUUGGCCGCAAAGAUAGAAUGUGGCGUAACCUCUCAAAGAUGCAGGUCCACUUCGGGAAAAAGGAGUUUGGGUUUUUCUCGCAGACCUACUGCCUUCCAUAUGACUCAAAGCUCCUGAAACGAGCCUUUGAAGACGGAAGUACAAAGCAGAAAUGGAUAGUUAAACCACCAGCUUCUGCUCGAGGUAUCGGAAUCAAGGUUAUCAGCAAACUAACCCAAGUACCAAAGAAACGGCCUGUAAUAGUUCAAAGGUAUCUUGCCCGUCCCUACCUUAUCAACGAUAGCAAGUUUGACAUGAGGGUCUAUGUGUAUGUCAGCUCGUUCGAUCCGCUACGGCUCGAUGUGUUUGAAGACGGACUUGCAAGAUUUGCCUCAAUGAAGUAUUCCAGUUCCAUGAAACAUCUCGCAAACAAGUUCAUGCACCUGACAAACUACUCAGUGAACAAGAGAAAUGCUGACUACCAGGCCAAUGCAGACGACACUGUGUGUCAAGGGCACAAGUGGGAAUGUCGAGAAAGCUUAAAAAAGAAACAUGGGGAGGAGUUUUCCUACCCUGUGUUGGCGUUUCACGGCACAAUGGAAACGAAUAUCAAGCCUAUAUGUGAGACUGGAUUAAAAAUACCUGGGGACAACGGCCAUGCGCAUCGUACAGACACUGGCUGGUAUGGCAAGGGAGUCUACUUCAGUGAAUACCCCGCCUACUCCAUGGGUUAUAUCCAGGGCGCGACCCAACUGCUGCUCUGUCAAGUUCUACCGGGCAAAGCCUAUCAGUGUACAAAGAUUAUUCACGGGCAUUCCCUGAUGAAAAGUUACGCUUCCCACGUGUCUCCCUGCAAGAAAGAGCUUGUCAUCUUCAACAAGUAUCACAUUCUGCCACAGUACAUCGUCCACUAUCAGCCGAAUGCCGGAGAAUUCAAAUACACUUCUCCACCAAAACCCAAAUCGGCUGCUUGUAACACAGCAGAAGGCAAAAAAGGCAAAGGGAAGAAGAAGGGAGGAAAGCUUACACUAGACGAAUUAACAGACACUGAGGUGUUGAAAACCAAGCACGACCAGGCUAUAGCCAUGCCUACAUCAAGCACAUUGGAUGGAUACAAUAUUCAGUUCACUGGGACUUUCCAGAACACCCAGGCCGGUAUGACUGCCCUGGUCAAAUCACAUGGCGCAACAGUAGGAACAAAAGCUGUUUUCAGUCUACUGAUAGCUUCGAAGCUUGAGUUUGAUCUAUCAACAAACAAAAUCCUGCAGGCUAAGAAGAAAGGGGUUUCAAUAGUAGGUGAAAUGUAUUUGUACGACUGCAUCAUCAACCAUAAGAAACAGAAUGAGGAUCAUUACAGAUUAGAUGACUAGUCACAUACAAUAUUAAUGAUCACUAUGGCAUUGCUGAUUUGGUGGCCGUCAUGCCUUGCAACUUGGAAGUCCUGAUUUUGAUACCCUGGCCAGUGGCCACUUAGCCUUGUGACUGUGAGUUCACAAUUUCCAUCCUGUCAUCGACUCACUGGAGUUCUAGUUAACUAUUUGCUCACAAAAAAUGGGACAAAUUUUUUUAGCUGCAACAUCCAAUGGGGCAAGUGGGAGUACCUAUAGGAAACCCCACCUGACCGUAUGGUGACCACCAAAGCAAACUCAUAUGCUUCCUGAAUGUAGGUGCCGAGAUGAGGAUCACGUGUACCAACAAUUGCACUAACCAGACAGCAUAAAAAAAGACUCGAGAUUGUCUCGAUUAGCCAUCUGCUUUUGAUGAAAUUGAACAAAUAAAAUUAAAUUGGUUUGAACAGUUAUAGAAUAUUGUGUUUUACAUUUUGUCAGUUUAAGUCAAGUUUAAAUUGUUUAAAGUGAAGCGGUUGUAUCUGUUGAACAUUUUUAGAUUAGUAGAUAAAGUACCAUAAUGACUCAAGAUUUUCUGACAAUUAAACAAUUGUGUGAAUAAAUUUAGAUUCUUAAAAAUAUUCCGAGAAGUCUGUGUCAACCAAUGAUCUCUUUUUGUCUGUUGUUUAUGAGUAGAUUGUCAAAAUGGAUGUUAAAUUUU